UAUUAGCCACGCCGAAGCCGCAGCUGGUAAUGCUGCGCCCAAUAGCAUUGCAAAUUAUUAUCAUGUGACUUUAUUAAGCCGACUUUAUAAUAUCAGCUUUGCUUCUCCUGAAGACUCUCACAUACUUUCUUCUUCUAUUCAUUUUGCGGGAGAUUUCCUUCGUCAUGAAAUACCUCCUGAUGAAGACGAAGAACUUCGUAACUCUAUAUCUCAAUCAGUUCACGGGAGUAUUGUAUUUCAACAGGAUGGUAAUGAUCUAGGUGGGGGCUUGGAUCAGUCAGAAACUUUUGGUCAACAAACUCCUGUACAAGGAGACACUGGUAUUGAGGGCAUCCAGAUUUUAGCAAGAUUGAUUGAUAAGCUCAUGUCGAAUGUAAAAAUAGUUUUUAAGGAUACUUGUAUUCGACUAGCUCCUAAUAAGAACUUAAAUAAUGUUGAGGGUUCGAAUGAAUAUAAUCUUGAUUUAGAGAUACCAAUUAUUUCAUUUCGAGAUGAAACGCCUGGGUUAGAAGAUGAAUCAACUCAAUCAAACACUUCUGGUUCUGCAAGUGUAACACUACCACCUGCGCUUUCUGAAACUGUAAAAUCAGUUACAAUUUCUGGGCUAAGUGUUUGGAUCAGAGAAGCGUUGUCUGAAUUAGAUCCAACCAAUAGUCAACCAAAUUUAGAAGAAAAUGUUUUUGAAUCAAAUAGAACAAAAGACUAUACAAAUCUUCUAAACGAUGAACAAUUUCCUCAGAAAGCUUAUGAAGCAAUGAUUCUUUCAUGUCCUGAAGAGGAGAAUUGGAUUAAAGUUACAAUACGUCCGGAUGUCCUUCCAGCAAUUCAGAUUGAUCUUAGUAAUCCUUCGUCUUCGUAUCAUUACACACAAGAGGCUAUACAACAAGCCAAUAGUACACAAUCUUUCAUUAUCGAGGGAUCAAUUAAAUCGGUAAUUUCUGUAUUGACACCAAGUCAUGUCGCAUGGAUUACUGAUUUGGCAAAUUUGUUGUCAAGAAGUAAAUCCGUUUCAGAAACAAGCAGCACUGAAAGUGAUGAUGAUUUUAUUCCACCAUUUAAUCCUACAAUAUCUUCUGGUGCAUCCAACAUAAAAUUCCAACAUGAUGAUUUUAUUCCACAACUUAAUCCUACAAUAUCUUCUGGUGUAUCCAACAUAAAAUUCCAACUUGAAGUAUCUUUAAUUGAGUUGUUUUUAUUAUACCACGAUUCAUUACCUAAUUUUGAUAUUGGACGAAAAUUUUUUGACAUUCGAUCUACUGAAUAUUUAAAUACGGAUCAUCUGAAAAUUAACAUUCGCGGCUUGAAUUGUCAGAUUGAACGUUGGGAUCCAGAUGCAUUAUCAGUGGGUAAGAGGCGGAAUAGUAGUACGUCAAUUGGUGGCCACUCAUCUGGAUUUCAAAGGAGUUCAGAAGUUGAUGACAUCUCAAGUUUUGUAAUGGACAUUGCUAUUUCACAAUUUUCAAUAUCUGAAUGGUUGAAAAAUCCGUUAACCUCGAAUUCAAAACCUAAAUUGGGUACAUUGAAACCUGAAUCUACACUUCCUGCCUUUGACAAAUAUACACCAUUGUUAUACUUUGAUCCACAUCUUUUGAACUCUUAUGAUACCGAAGAAACAGAUUUUCCUAGUUUUCCUGUAAACAGAAAUACAGAUAAAAGCGUUUUGAAAAAAGCUAACAGAAUAAGUUCUAAAUUUAGUUUCAAUGGGAGCGAUACUUUAAAAGAGGUCAUUAAAAUAAAAUUUAAGAGUGGUGGUGCUUCGACUGAAGGCUUACAUAAUGCCAUUACUUCCAGUAUCAAUGUAGAAUUUGAACCUUUCCAUGUGCACCUUGAUCUAAGAAUAAUUGAUCGAUUAGAAAAUUACAUAAAUAUUCUUACUAAAAGUGCAAAUGAUACUGGUUCACUUUCAGAA